UUCUUGUCAAAUUCUUCAAUAUCACAUGCACAUUCUUCGAAGCAAUCUCAUCUACUCAAAAUGAAACCCUCUCCCCUCCUUCCCCUUGCACUCCCGUCCCUCGCGACUGCCUCGACAAUAACCCUAAGCGCCGCACUCUGCCCCUCAACCGCGAAACAAGACCUCGCCCCCUUCGCCAUCAACCUGCCUACCAACCAACUCACCCCCUUCGACUCCAAAAUCUGCAACCUCAGCAUAGUCUCCGCAUCCGUGGAUCUCGACCUCAACAGUGUAUCCUGCAACGUCUACGCCCCGACUCUCAAUGUCGACCUCAACAACCCUCUCCCCGCCACCCUCAACCUAAACCAACCAAUCGAAAACAUCCGGCUGGGAAGCGCCCUCUGCACCGCCCUCCCCCUCGAUACCCCCCAGACAAAGCCCCUAGGCCGUAGGCUCCUCCAAAUCCUCCACUUGGACUCCUCCCAACGCCAAAAGCGCGAGACAGAUAUUAUAGGAAAGCGCGCAGCGCCUACCGAGAUGCCAGGCGCCGGAAACAAGAAAGACGACAAUAAGCGCGAAGCUCACCCUGCAAAACGCGGUCCAGUGACCCCAAUGGGAGGAAACGGGCCCGGUCCUACGCCUAAGCCGGGAGGCGACGAAAAGGAGGAGAGAGAGGUAGAGGAGAAGAGGGAGGCACGGCCGACGGCUGGGGGGAAAGAGCCUGCGCCUACGGGAGGCAACAAGAGAGAGGUAGAGGAGAAGAGGGAGGCACGCCCGACGGAUGGGGAGAAAGAGCCUGCGCCUACGGGCCCCUCGGGAGGUAAGAAGAAAGUGGAGAAGAGGGAGGGGGAGGAGGAACAGGAUUUCGAGAAUGGAGAGAGUGUGACUAAGAGGGGGAAUGGAGGGGCGAUUUUUAUUGGUGAUGCGCCUGCGGGUGCGAAGUUUGAGAUGGGGUUUUUUGGGGUGGGAGCUUUGGCGGUUGGGAUUGCGGCUUUGGUUAUGUAAGAUGGAUGGGAAAGGGUUGUAGGGGG